UUAGUGUAGAAAUUAUGCAUGGGAAGGUGCGUGUGGUGUACCUUUUGUACCAAAGAAAAUCCCGGAAGUGCUAACCGACUCAACGUCAUUGGCGUGCGCCACGGUCUCGUCACCGUGGAAACCGAAAAACGCCACUAAAGAAGUGCUGUCUGAAGUUGAGCUUGAUAUGGAAGAAGCCAAACUGAAAGAGGAGGAGAAGGAGGAGAAGGAGGAGAGAGAGGAUGUAGGCCUGAGAGAGUUACGGGAACUGGACAAAGUGCAAAUCAGUCUCUCGGCUGCCCAUAUGUCAGAGCAGAAGCCUAAAGUAGACCCGGCCGAAUGUCCUGCCUCAUACAGCGAGAACUCGGCUAAAGAGAAACUGUUGGUGUCCAUGGCAGAAAACCUCCACGCUCAGUACUCGUAUCUGUACCCUGACCGCAAACCGCUGCUACUCUGCCCAGUCAAUGAGUUCGGAGUGCAGAAGUUUGUGAGCACCACGCUGCGGCGUACGCUGAUACCGUACCAUGAGCUGUAUGACUGGCAAGGCUGUGCUAGUUUCAUCUCUGACUUUUUAACUUUGGAGCUGCUGGAAUGUCUAACUGAAGUGCCGAGACAGCUGUACUCUCCAACGUGGGUGGUGCGGACUCGGAGAGGUACAUGUUUUGAUUACUCCACCUUGCUCUGCAGUUUAUUGCUGGGCGCAGGCUACAACGCCUACUGUGUCAGCGGCUACGCUGUGAAAGAGAUGUGCCUGCUCGAUCUGAGCCACCAGGAAUGUCCACUACUCAAACCCCAGGACACGGUUGAAGGGAAGCCACCCAGGCAGGAGGAGGACGUGAAGAAGUACAGGGUUAAGCCUGCACAAGAACUGAAAAGCACCUUUGAGCUGCGUCAGGAGGAGAAAAAGCAGCAGGAGCAUCUCGCAAUGCUUGCCAAGCAGCAGGAAGCCGAAAGACAAAAGGAGGAGCAGGAGCGUCCUGCGGAUCCUCUGUGGGGCCUACGGGUUCACAGCUGGGUUCUGGUUCUGGCAGGGAAACGUGACAUAUUGGAGAACUUCUUCAUCGACCCACUCUCUGGCCAGAGCUAUCCCACGUCCAGCGCGUGUUUCCUCGGCAUCGAGAGCGUCUGGAACCAUGAGAACUACUGGGUCAACAUGCAGGACUGCCGCUCCGGCUGUACGGAGAUGACAUAUGACCUACAUGAUGUGCUAAAGUGGGAGUACAUGUUGUGUACCAAUAGCAGUUCACCCCUAGUCCCUCCUGAUGGAACAGGAGAAGAAAAGGAGGAGCAGAACGAUGAGGAGACAGAAGAGCCUAAGCUUUUUGAGAUGCCUCAGUCUUGGGUUACACAAAUCCACAUCUCAGAAGAAGAUAUGGAAAGUCGUUUCCCUGGUGGGUCGAAGGUUACCCGUUACAGGAAGGCCACGAUGGAGAAUUUCUCCCCUUAUCUCCUGAAGGACGGAUUAGUCACAAGACUCACUACUUAUGAUGACCUGGAAUGCACUCAGCUCAACGCGGUGAAUGAGUGGUAUGAGAACCGGCAUGAUGAGCUCCAGGAGAGGGAACUGAAGAAAGCCACCAAUGUCACUACAGAGCAUUUCUCACCAGGAAGGAGCUUCUGUCUAAAAACUCACAGGUACGUGACUCUGGGCCCUGAGAUUGAGCAUCUUAUGGAGUUCUACAGUAAAGCUCGAGAUGACAACUUGCUCAGUCGAGUCGAGACGCCAACAGAGAUGACCGAGACGUUUCAGGACCGUUCUGACUUCCUCUAUUACCGACACGUUAUUUACGGACCUUUGGAGCUGGCACAAAAACAUGGAGUUCAGCGACCCAUUCAGAAGGUUGUGGUAAAAUUCCAUAGGGAUCGAUCCAAACCAGCCAGCAAGGAUGUGGCUGAACUAAUUUUCCAGAUUUCACAGAAUCGAAUUGAGGUUACAUACCAUCUAGAGGACGACAAAAUCGUUCCAAAUUUUGACAUCUUUGAAAAACCUUCUAACCUUGACGACCCCUUCCCAGACAAGAUGGCCUCCAGCUUUCAGGUGGACCCGCUUGCAAAACCCUUCCCAAAACUGCACCUGUACCAGACCCUCACAGCACUGAUGAAGGAGGAGGAGAAAGUCUUAAUCAGUAUCAAGGACUCUGAGAAAGAAGUGAGGGACAUCCUAGAGGUAAGAGACCGGGAGGAGAGUGCCAUUAUGCUUAAGAUCUCCAUCUACGACAUGGCCAGGAACGAGAAGGCACGCCUGCACAUGGAACAGCUGAAGCACCUGGCCCAAGAGAAGCAACUGAAGAAAGAGUGCGAGGAUGUGGACAUCUUGGCUCCGUUCCUGGCUCGGCUGGGAGACCCGGAGAUCCUGACCAAGCAGCAGGCAAUGCAGAUCCAUGCAGACUGCCUCGACAGCAAAAAGCAGAGACUUAUAGACAAGGCCAACCUCAUCCAGGCUCGAUUUGAAAAGGAGACUAAGAUGCUCCUGCAGAAGCAGCAGUGGUACCAGAAGAACCAGUUCACCUUCACAAAACAGGAUGAGGAAGCGUAUUUGGCCUACUGCUCCGAAGCCAUGUUCAGGAUCAAAGUUUUGAAGCUGCGCCUCAGCUGCCACAAGGACAGAGCACCACAGAAGUACCUGGCCCUGGAUAAGAUGCUGAGACAAGAUCCAAGACUGAUGCAGCACCUAGAAUGACAUAUACCUGUAUGAUAAAAUUCAGUUUUGUUUACCUUGGUACACAUUUGUAGC